UUUCUGUGGGUCCCUUGCUGGCUUCCUUUGCAUGCUGGCUUAGGUUUGGCGGUCUGGGACUGGUGUGUGUGGGGGGGGAUAAACUCGAGAUGAAGCCGUCUGCCCCUGACCUGGGCAUUCAGAGGCAUCCCUGGGCAGGCUGAGGGCACCCGGCGGGGCUGCCAGACUCCGGGAGAGAGCCUGCCUCACUGCGUUGCCCAGACCAUGCGUUGCCUCGCUCCACACCCUGCGGGGUCCUACCUGCCAGAGCCCCAAGGCAGUGGGCAGUGUGCCGCCAUGGAGUUGGGGCCUCUAGAAGGCGGCUACCUGGAGCUUCUCAACAGCAGUGCUGACCCCCUGCAGCUCUACCACCUCUAUGACCAGAUGGACCCGGCUAGAGAAGAGAUUGAGCUCUGCUCAGAACCCGACAUGGACACCAUCAACUGCGAGCAGUUCAGCAGACUGUUGUGUGACAUGGAAGGUGAUGAAGAGACCAGGGAGGCUUAUGCCAAUAUCGCGGAACUGGACCAGUACGUGUUCCAGGACUCACAACUGGAGGGUCUGAGCAAAGGCAUUUUCAUCGAGCAUAUAGGAUUGGAAGAAAUGAUCGGCGAGAGCGUGGAGACGCUGGAGGAAAAGAAAAGUCAGAAAAGAUCCUUCCCAGAGGAGCUGCCCAUGGACUCGAAGCACAGGAAGCUGGCUGAGCCCCUCGCUGUGCCCAUGGUGACUGGCACUUUCCUGGUGGGGUCCGUGAGUGACUCCUCAGCUCUGACCUGCCUGUCACCCCCGGCUGUGUUCAACAAGGAGCCAGCAUCCAGCCAGAGGUGGCUGGAGGAGACCAUCCUGAUGCCUGUGCCCCCUUCCAGUUCCUUGCUGAGCUGCCUGAGCCUUUCUGCUGGACACAUCCAGAUCGUCCCCACUCUGCCCCAGGGGCUCUGGCAAAUCUCAGGGGCUGGGACAGGGGUAUCUGGUAUGGUCAUCUAUCAAGGUGAGGUGCCCCAGGCCAGCCAGGUGCUUCCUUCCAGCAGCCCCGCCAUACACAGCCUCCCCAAAUCCCCAGAACGGCCCGGCUCCACCAGCCCCUUUGCCCCGUCUGCCGCUGACCUCCCCGGAAUGCCGGAACCAGCUCUGACCUCCCGUGCAGAUGUGACAGAGGAGCAGAUGUCCCCUACCCGAUCCCCGGCAGCUCACGAGGUCUCCGGCCAGCUCCCAAAAUGGCCUGAGCGGGUGGAGAAGUUCUGCAGCGCCCUUCGGGACAUGUACCAGGCUGAGCCCGCAGGCCCGGAAGGCAUCCUGGUGGAGGUGGAACUGGUGAGGGCGCGGCUGGAAAGGAGCAGCAGCAAAAGCCAGGAGAGGGAGCUGGCCACCCCGGACUGGGCAGAGCGGCAGCCGGCCCGCGGGGGCCUGGCCGAGGUGCUGCUGGCGGGGGGUGACCGCCGGCGGCCGCGGGAGACGCAGGUGAUCGCUGUGCUGGGUAAAGCGGGGCAGGGGAAGAGUCGCUGGGCCCGGGAAGCGAGCCGGGCCUGGGCCCGCGGCCAGCUGCCCCAGUACGACUUCGUCUUCUGCCUCCCCUGCCACUGUUUGGACCGUGGGGGGGACACCUACCGCCUGCAGGAUCUGCUGUUCUCCCUGGGCCCCCGGCCGCUGCCGGUGGACGAUGAGGUCUUCAGCUACGUCUGGAGGAGGCCCGACCGGGUUCUGCUCAUCCUGGAUGCCUCCGAGGGCCUCGAAGGCCAAGACGGCCCCCUGCACAGCGCGUGUGGACCCGUGUGCACAGAGCCCCACUCCGUCCGGGGACUGCUGGCGGGCCUCUUCCAGCGUAAGCUGCUGCGGGGCUGCACCCUGCUGCUCACGGCCCGGCCCCGGGGCCGCCUGGCCCAGAGCCUGAGCAAGGCCGACGCUCUGUUCGAGGUGGCCGGCUUCUCAGCCGAGCAGGCCAAGACCUACCUGACGCGCUACUUGGAGCGCGCAGGGGCGACCGAGCGCCAAGAGAGAGCCCUGGAACUCCUCCAGGGUCAGCCUUUCCUCCUCAGCCACUGCCACAGCCCCGCUUUGUGCCGGGCCGUGGGCCAGCUGUCCGAGGCCCUCCUGGAGCUGGGGGGCGAGACGGAGCUGCCCUCCACGCUCACGGGACUCUACGUGGGCCUGCUCGGCCCUGCCGCCCGCGACAGCCCCCCGGGGGCCCUGGCGGGACUGGCCAGGCUGGCCUGGGAGCUGGGCCGCAGACGCCGGGGCACCUUGCUGGAGAGCCAGUUCCCGUCGGCGGAGGCGAGGGCCUGGGCCGUGGCCAAGGGCUUGGUGCAGCCCGCCCCAGGGGCCGCGGCGGUGGGGCUGGCCUUCUCCAGCUUCCUUCUGCAGUGUUUCCUGGGGGCCGUGUGGCUGGCCCUGAGCAGCGACAUCAAGGACAAGGAGCUGCCGCAGUACUUGGCCUUGACCCCGAGGAAGAAGAGGCCCUACGACAACUGGCUGGAGGGCGUGCCGCGGUUCCUGGCGGGGCUGGUUUUCCAGCCGCACGCCGACUGCCUCGGGGCCCUGGCGGGACCUGCUGCGGCCACCCUGAAGGACAGGAAGCAGAAAGUGCUCACCAGGUACCUGAAGCGGCUGCAGCCGGGGACGCUGCGGGCCGGACAGCUGCUGGAGCUGCUGCACUGCACCCGUGAGACUUUGGACGCUGGGCUCUGGCAGCACGUGGUGCAGGGGCUCCCCGCCCACCUCUCCUUCGUGGGCACCCGGCUCACGCCUCCCCACACCUAUGUCCUGGGCAGCGCCUUGGAGGCGGCGGGCCGAGACUUCUCCCUGGACCUCUGCAGCACUGGCAUUGACCCCCCUGGACUGGGCAGCCUCGUGGGACUCAGCUGCGUCACCCAUUUCAGGGCUGCGCUGAGUGACAUGGUGGGGCUGUGGGAGUCUCUACAGCAGCGUGGGGAGGCCAAGCUGCUCCGGGCGGUGGAGGAGAAGUUCACCAUCGAGCCUUUCAAGGCCAAGUCCGUGAAGGAUGUGGAAGAUCUGGGCAACCUCGUGCAGAUCCAGAGGACAAGAAGUUCUUCAGAAGAUACGGCUGGAGAACUCCCUGCGGUCCGGGAUCUAAAGAAGCUAGAGUUCGCGCUGGGCCCCGUCUCAGGCCCCCAGGCUUUUCCCAAGCUGGUGAGGAUCCUCGAGGCCUUUUCCUCCCUUCAGCAUCUGGACCUGGACUCUCUGAGCGAGAACAAGAUUGGCGACGAGGGUGUCGAGCAGCUGUCGGCCACCUUCCCGCGGCUCAAGGCCCUGGAGACCCUCAACUUGUCUCAGAACAACAUCACCGACGUGGGCGCCUGCAAGCUCGCCGAGGCCCUGCCCUCGCUGGCUGAGUCCCUCCUCAGGCUCAGCUUAUACAAUAACUGCAUCUGUGACAUGGGAGCCGAGAGCCUGGCGCACGUGCUUCCAGACAUGGGGUCCCUCCGGGUGCUGGAUGUCCAGUAUAACAAGUUCACAGCCGCCGGGGCCCAGCAGCUGGCUGCCAGCCUGAGAAAGUGCCCUCACGUGGAGACGCUGGCGAUGUGGACGCCCACCAUCCCGUUUGGCGUCCACGAGCACCUACAGCAGCUGGAUUCGCGGAUCAGCCUGAAGUGAUCUCCGCGAUGCCCGGGACAAGCAUGUUCUCUGAGGACGCCGACCACGCUGGACCUUGAACUGGUUGUUUGUGGACGCGGUGCUUCUUGGGCCGUCGCCCGUGAGCCUCAGCAUCCUGGUGCCCGGCCCUACCGGCUCAGGGCCGGUCCCCACCCAGCUCUGGGAAGGCCUUUGGCCUGCUCUGCGGACGGACCCAGGCCCGGCUCCAGGCUCCUGUGGGGCCCAGGUCGAUGCCGGCCCCGACGGACGGGUGCACGACCGGUGGUGACGCAGGCCACCCAGGGGCCCUGAGGCAUCCACCAGGACGCUCCUGGCAGCCGUGGCCGGGCCGGAGUGAGGGAUUGAGGCGGCCACAUCUCUGCCUCCCCAGGUCCCUGUCCGCCUGGGGAGAAGUCACUUCUCUGCACUGCUCUCCUAACAAGGAUGCCGGGUGCUCUCAGGACACGGGCGGCUGGCCCCACCUGCUGAUUUCCCUGUGACAGGCGGGGAGUCUGUGGCAGCUGCUGUCCGUCUCCAGGACUCACUGUUUUGCACUAACUUUGUCGAGGUCGAAGCUCCGCCCGGCCAGACACACUGGACUUGAGCCGGAAAGAGCUGACCGUGCCCUAACGGUGGGGGGAGGGGAGUGGGCCGGAACCACACCUGCCUCUCGGCCUUCACUUCUUGGGUCAUUUUCUCACUACAGUUUAAAAGGGCCCGUUGCAUCUCACAGGCAUGUCCACGGCUGGAGUUUCUACCACGAUCGCCGUUGUGGGGGGUGCCCGCUGUUCGGUUAUCUAAAUGCAUCACAAACUACCCCAAAAUGCAGUGGGUUAAAACCACACACACGUUUA